UCUUCUGCAACCAGAUCUGGAGGAUGAAGACUGAAGAGGCCCCUUCUUGUUUGCAGCAGGCCACACCAGUCCUGGGCUAUGGCUCAGAGUCCAAAAUGCGGGAGGUCUGUGCAGGAUGCAACACCCCAAUCUCCGACCGCUUCCUGCUGAGGGUGAAUGAGCGCUCCUGGCAUGAAGGCUGCGUGAAGUGCACCGCUUGCCUCCAGCCGCUCUCAGGCACAUGCUACUGCCGCAACAGGCAGCUGUACUGCAAGCAUGACUAUGAAAAGCUCUUCCAGACCAAAUGCAGUGGUUGUCUCAAGGCUGUGGCUCCAUCUGAGUUCAUCAUGAGAGUGCUGGAGAACGUUUACCACGUCCACUGCUUCUCUUGCUGCGAGUGUGAACGACGGCUCCAACGUGGCGAUGAGUUUGUGCUGAAGGAAGGACAGCUCCUAUGUCGCAGUGACUAUGAGAAGGAAAGGGAAAUGCUGAGUGCCAUCAGCCCAGCUCCCACUGAGUCAGUGAAGAGUGAAGAUGAGGAUGGCAACCACCCGCAUGGCAAAACGGGUGAGGAAGGGAAAGACCACAAGCGGUCCAAGCGCCCCCGAACCAUCCUCACCACCCAACAGCGGCGAGCUUUCAAGGCCUCCUUUGAAGUCUCCUCCAAGCCCUGCCGGAAGGUGAGAGAGACGUUAGCAGCUGAAACUGGCUUGACUGUUCGGGUUGUACAAGUUUGGUUCCAGAACCAAAGGGCCAAGAUGAAGAAGAUAGCCCGCAGGCAGCAGCAACAGCAGCAGCAGCAGCAAGAACAAGAACAGUUAGGAAACCCCCGCUUGGGCAGUGGAAGAGGGAACGGCCGGAGCAGCAGGCAGAGCAACGAGGACAGCGAAGAUGGUGCCAGCGUGCAUGGGAUAGAUGGGCUCAUGGUGCCGUACUCCAGGAUUGCCCAACAGCAAUUACUGCCCUUGGACCAGAACAGCUAUAGCACAGACUUGUAUCGGCAAGGACUCACACCACCCCAGUUGCCCGGUGACCAUCUUCACCCCUAUGAUUCAGAAGGUGUCUUCCACGACAUGGACAGCGACACCAUUGGUCACUUGGGGGAUUGCCUGUUGUCAGCUGCAGAAGCCAACCUCCUGCAAACUCGAGUGGGAAACCCCAUUGACCGGCUCUACUCCAUGCAGAGCUCCUAUUUCACCUCCUGACCAUGGGGACAUUUCUUGGCUCUCCCGUCUGAUGUAUG